AUGAACCCAGGGGAGUCGAGGACGGAUCUCAUAGUGCUCUUGCAGAUGAUAUGGGACCAGAACAUGCUACGGAUCGUCAACGUACUCGAGCAUGUCCUCAAACUAAAGCGCCGCUCUCGAAUCUGGCUGUGUCCGACUGCAGCUUUCACUCUCCAUGCAGCUCACCCGUUUCAAACAAAGGCGGAUCGUUCUGUGAAGGAGCCAUGCCUGGAAGAUCUCUACAUUUGCUCUUACAUGCCGACACUUUUGGCUCUGAUCAGAUCUAGACAGUUGAUGAAGAAGCGUGUGCCUCCGUCCUUUGUGGCGAUUGGACAGGGUCAACCGAGCGCAGGGAAAGGCAAGGUGCUGUUGGCUGUCGACAGCGAGCUCGAGCUUACUCAUAAGCUCGUCCUUGCGACGGCCAACCACACCACUAUUUCUGGCGACAAAGUCACACGAGCAAGCGCACUCGAAGCAGAAUACGCCGAGUUCGCGUUCUUAUCGGCUUGUCAUACUGCUGUAGGCGAGGAGAUGCCCGACGAAGUGAUCCACCUAGCAGCUGGUAUUCAGUUUUCAGGUUUCAAGAACGUCGUUGGCACGCUGUGGGAGGUCGACGAUGCUGUCGCGAAAGACGUCGUCGAAGCCUGGGCACUCAAGCGUGCUACGCACGCGGUGAAGACGAAAGUGCCGCUCGAACAGAGGAUGAUAGAGCUCGUAGUACUCGUGCAUCGAGGCCACGCAAUGGACCCACGGCUCUGCAAGACGCAAACGGGACCUGAGGGUAAAAUCAACUUUGUUUCUCUGGGUGAUCGGACAUUAGCCAGAUGA